AUGUCAGGACGACAAGUACUCUUUCUACCGAGUAAUUAUGGAUCGUCUCACAAAUUCGCACUGGACCGAUGGCAAUGGAGAAGAAUAAAAAGAACUGGCGAGGCUGCCGCGUUGUUGAAGAAGAUGCGGCUGGAAGACAAGGUGCCGAUUAGAGCGCUCAUCGCAGUCGUGAGUCCUGAAUGGGAUCUCGGCGAAACCGACUACUUCGUCUCCGAACUAAGAGAGCUAGCAGAAACAGGAGCGGAUGUGGCCGUGGUCGCAGGGGAAGCAGAGUGCACUGGUCGUUGGAGCUACUUGGGAGCGGUUCGCAAGGCUCUACAAGUCAAGGAUAGAAGAGGGCUGAUCGUGACAUCUUUUUCCGACGUCGGAGAAUGCGGCCGAAGAGCAGAAGUUGGGGCCCCACAUGGUUUUUGGACUGGCACCUCAACAACCGGCUCGGGAUCAAGCGAGGUCAGCUCAGGAGAUCGAAG